CGAUUUGCAACAACAAUAUAUAUACUUAAUACAUCCACAUGUUUUAGCACUUCUUUGACAUUAGAGAGAGAGAGAGAUGGAGUUUAGUAUUUUUGAGGAGUUAAUGUCUCCAAGGAUGGAAAGUUGGGUCACUAUUCCUAAUGAAUUGAAUGAAGUUUCACCUAAUGUUUGGAGUUUUUCAUCUUCUCAUCAAAUCCCAGAUUUUGAAAUGUCAAAUUCUUUACUUUUAGAUCAAUUUAGCCAUCGAUAUCCCUUUUAUGAGCCCCAAACACUGCUCGAUAAUUUCGCACUCCCACAGGUUUGUUCUUCAUAUAAUUAUCCGAAUGAAAAUUCAGCGCCAAUUCAAGAAGAUUACACUGCAAAUCUUGAAAAUGAAGAUUUUGGACUUCUUGACAAUGCCGGCCUCAAUGGUUUCGAACACGAAACGAGCAGAUUUAAGGUUGAAACCUUGGAAGCUCCGAAAAAUAUGGACAAUUCAAAUGUAGGUUUUUCUACGGAGAGAAAGAACAAAUCCAAGGCGGAUGGCCUGCCCUCCAAGAAUCUAAUGGCAGAAAGAAGACGAAGGAAGCGACUAAAUGAUCGUCUUUCCAUGCUCCGAUCAAUUGUCCCCAAGAUAAGCAAGAUGGAUAGGACAUCAAUUCUUGGGGACACAAUAGAUUAUAUGAAAGAGCUCCUUUAUAAAAUUAAUAAGCUGAGGGAGGAGGAGAUAGAUAAGAAUAUAAAUCAAAUGAACUUAACAGGAAACUUGAAGGAGAUAAAGCCAAAUGAUGAUCAAGUACUAGUUAGGAACCCUUCAAAGUUCCAUGUCGAAAGGAAAGACCAAGAUACUCGUAUCGGGAUAUGUUGUACAGCAAAGUCGGGAUUAUUAUUAUCAACACUUACUACACUCGAAGCAUUAGGCCUCGAUAUUCAACAAUGCGUCGUCAGCUGUUUCAAUGAAUUUUCAUUGCAAGCUUCCUGUUAUGAGGCUGUCGAGCAUCGUUUGGUCAUGAGUUGUGAAGAUGUAAAGCAAGCAUUGUUUAGAAAUGUAGGCUACGGAGGAAGUGACUGCACAAAGUAUGGAUAUUAAUCAAGAAUUUUUAGAACCCUAGGAAAGUGAGAUGUGUGUUCUUUUGAGAUUUUUAUGUUUUAAUUAGUAAUACUGUCCUCUGGGUUUGUUUAUUAAUGCAUUAUCUGCUCCUUUUAUCCCUGUAAGGACCAGAUAUUCUUAUUCAUUCAAGAGAAAAGAUAAUAAA